AUGAACCCUGAAGCAGACACGAUUACUCAAGAUCAUGUUGAAGUGGCUGAACUGUUGAACUGCUCAUUACCGACCUCUCGUGUGAAAAAGAUAUGCCGUUUGGAUCCUGAUCUUUCCAUGAUUGGCAGUGAUGCUAUACUCUUCAUUACCAAAGCAACGGAGCUGUUCGUGGCUGAGUUAGCGAAAGCAUCGUAUACGCAAGCUGUUCUUGAAAAGCGGAAAACAAUACAGACGAAGGAUAUUGAUAGAGCGAUAUCAUCAAAAGCCAUUUUUGAGUUCCUUGAUGGUACCCUGAGCGAUUGGCCAGAAAGCGAGCCUUCGAAAGGAGUUUCACAAUCGGGAAAUGGUACAGCGUCAGAAGUAAUCACUGAAGAAGACUCAGAAAACAUCGAAGAAAUGCUGCUGAAGAGGACGCUGCUGUAG